AUUGACGGAUAGAAUACACCCCAGUUGUUGGUAAGAACGUUUCGGUUCCCAUCGAUAUCACAGCAAUAAUUUUAAAGGAUCUCGGGAGUUGACGCCGGAGGAAUUGCAACGAGCUAGGGAAGUCUUUUAGGACCGCAGUCACAAGCCAUGUUCCAUUUUAGAGACUAGGAUAGGGUAUAUUUUAAGAGAUACCAGUUCUACAAGCCAUAAUUAAGACACUUGUUUUACGGUUUAACAUAAGGCCACAGUGUUUCACAACUUUUACAACGCAGAAUGCCUGUGAAAGGAGGCGGAAGAGUGGCUGUGUAUCCAGGCAAGGGCGAACAUUUCGGAAGCUCAGGAAUGGAGGAGACUGUUUGGGAGCAGUACACUGUGAACCUACAGAGGGACUCCAAGAUGGGGUUUGGUAUCGCUGUGUCGGGGGGGCGGGACAACCCCAACGUGGAGAAUGGCGAGAUGUCAAUCAUCGUGUCAGAUGUCUUGCAGGGAGGACCAGCUGAUGGACUACUGUUUGAAAAUGACCGUGUGAUCCAAGUCAACUCCAUCCUCAUGGACAACGUGCCUCAUUCCUUCGCUGUGCAGCAGCUACGCAAAUGUGGGAAGACCGCCAAGAUAACGGUGAAGAGACCUCGGAAGGUGGCUCUCCACUCCCUGAAACACCCUCCCUCCCCUGGUGCCGAGAGUCGAGACUUCGGCUCCACCCGCUACUACGAUGCCGAUGACAACCAGAGCGACGGUGGCUGGCAUCGUGGCAAUGGUGGUCCUGGUUACAACCGCGAGCCUCGCGACCUCACCCCCGACAACAAGAGCUACCUGGACCCCAACUACGGCAGCCGUGGUAACCGGGGGAGAAGCCGGGGGAGGAGCAAAGAGAGGGCGUCGCCAAGCCCAGAGCCUCACCACGACAACAGCAGUGGGCGGGCCUUGGACCGGGAGCCGCCCAGUCCAGAGAGGCCACAGUAUUCACGGGAACGCAGCCGGGGGAGGAGCAUGGACCGGGAGAGACGAGGGGGAGGAGGAAGUCCAGGUGGGAGGAGCUACAGCCGGGGAGACAGCUAUGAGCGAGGAGGGGGGAGGUACGGGGAUGGGGGAGGUACCGGGGGGAGGAUGGUGAAGAGUAAAAGUAGAGACAACCUCCGUGAGCCGCCCCGUUCGCCCUCUCCUGACCUCCCCCGAGGAGGAGCUGGAGACCUGGAACCCCUGGAGAAACCUGUUAACGUCCUGCUGGUCAAGAACAGACCCAACGAAGAGUAUGGUCUGCGUCUGGGCAGUCAGAUAUUCAUCAAGGAGAUGACCAGUACAGGACUGGCUGCCAAGGACGGAAACCUACAGGAGGGAGAUAUUAUCCUCAAGAUCAAUGGGACAGUAACAGAGAACCUGUCUCUGAACGAUGCAGGGAAGCUCAUAGAGAAGUCUAGAGGAAAACUCCAACUGGUCGUCCAGAGAGACCGCCGCCAGAUCCUCAUCCGUAUCCCUCCCCUCGUAGACUCCGACUCCGAACCUGAUGAUAUCUCAGAGAUGGAGUCCUACUCCCCACAGGAGGACCGUAGAUCUCGCCAGUCGGACCUAUCUUCCCACUCCUCCAACGAGAGAGAGAACCCCAGACCUCUAACUAGCCUGGAAGACUCUCCCAGGGUAGCCAAGAUGUCUGCCAUGGCCUCGCCCUUUAGGGUGCCCCCCCUACAGGACCCAAACGCCCCGGGCCCUGUCAUACUGACCUCAGAGGGGCUGCCACGCCUCGACGAGCAACCAGCGUCAGCAAAGAUUACUCCUAAGAUUCUGCUACGCCCCAGCCCAGAGGAUGAAGAGCUCUAUGGCGCUAACACAGUGAUGGUGAGUUUCCAGAAGGGGGACAGUGUGGGCCUGAGGCUGGCGGGGGGUAACGAUGUGGGCAUCUUCAUCGCUGGCAUCCAGGAGGGUAGUCCUGCCGAGGAGGAGGGGCUACGCACAGGAGACCAAAUCAUGAAGGUGAAUAGCGUUGACUUCCGAGGCAUCGUGAGAGAAGAGGCUGUUCUGUUCCUGUUGGAGAUUCCUAAAGGAGAGGACGUCACCAUACUGGCCCAGAGUAAACCUGAUGUCUACAAUGACAUCCUGGUAUCUGGUCGUGGGGACUCGUUCUUUAUCAGGACUCAUUUUGAGUAUGAGCGGGAGGCUCCCCAGAGCCUGGCCUUCUCCAGAGGGGAGAUCUUCAAAGUGGUGGACACUCUCUACGAUGGCAAGCUGGGCAACUGGCUGGCCAUCCGCACUGGCAAGGACAAACAGCUGCUGGAGAAAGGCAUCAUCCCCAAUAAGAGCAGGGCUGAUCAGAUGGCGAGCGUACAGAACUCCCAUAAGGCUGCUGGCACGGACCGCGCCGACUUCUGGCGUCUGAGAGGUCAAAGGGCAGCCAAGAGGAAGGAGCUGAGGAAGAGCAGAGAGGAUGUCAGCGCUACGCCCAUCGCCACACGCUUCCCUGCGUACGAGAGAGUCGUGCUCAGAGAGGCUGGUUUCAGACGUCCUGUGGUUCUGUUUGGUCCUAUAGCUGAUGCAGCCAAUGACAAGCUAGCCAACGAGCUGCCUGACCUGUUUGUCAUCGCCAAAACGGAGCCUAAAGAUGCCGGGUCGGAGAAGUCCUCAGGAGUGGUGAGACUUAACACCAUCCGCCAGAUCAUCGAGCAGGACAAGCAUGCCCUGCUGGAUGUGACUCCCAAGGCGGUGGACACUCUGAACUACACCCAGUGGUACCCCAUCGUCAUCUUCUUCAACCCAGACAGUAAACCAGGGGUUAAGGCCAUGAGGCAGAGGGUGAUACCUGGUUCCAACCGCAGCGCUAGGAAACUAUAUGAACAGGCUGUCAAACUGAGGAAGACCUGUUCUCACCUAUUCACUGCUACUAUUGAUGUGAACUCGGCCAACGAUGCGUGGUAUGGCAGUGUGAAGGACUCUAUCAGGGAGCAGCAGACUCAGGCUGUAUGGGUGUCUGAGGGGAAGCUGGACUGGACGGAGAUGGACCUUGAUCUCCAUGACGACCGCAUGUCAUACCUGUCAGCCAUGUCAGCCGACUACCUGAGCAUGGACAGCCGAUUGGCCAGCGACUACGAUGACACGGCGGAUGAGGGUGGGGCUUACACGGAUAACGAGCUGGACAACGAGCCGGCUGACCAACUGCACGUGUCCGCUAUCAGCCGCUCCUCUGAGCCCGUGCUGGCAGAGGAGAUCCUGCGCAGGUGUAGUCCAGAGAUCCGUGGUCGUGUCAGGAGGGUGGGCAGCAGGGAGGUGCUCAGCAGCGCCAGCCCACCCCCCGCGUUUGUACCUGACCCCCCCAAGGUAAAGCUGCUGUUCAGGGAUGAGGUAGUCCCUCCCAUAGGGUCAUACGAGCCCCCCCCCAGCCGAGGCUACGACUCCCACUCCUCCAGCCCUGCCAGCGACCCCCCUCCUCUCCCUCGCACCCUUAACUCAUUUGGCAAGGCCAAGCCACUGGCACCUCCCCCCAUCGCUGUCAAACCUUCCUAUAAUACCCAGGACACCACCCGCAGCACGGCCCCAAACACAGCGGCCUUUAGGGGCCCGGAGGAGCCAGGGGACAGCCCUGAGGACCCCAGCCUCAAGUCGUUCCUGGGGAAGAUCAAGGCCUUUGAGAAGAUGGACCACUUUGCACGCACUCAGAGGAUGCUGGAACUGCAGGAGGCCCAGAACGCCAGGUUGGAGAUAGCUCAGAAGCACCCAGACAUCUAUGCUGUCCCUGUGAAGACCCAGAAACUGGAUCACAGCCGGCCUCAGCCUAUAGGUUCCAGCUCGCGUCCUGAGCCCCAGACCCCUCCCUCCAAGCUGCCAUACUCUGAGAGUUGUGGGUUCUACCCCAGCGAAGAGGAAGAGGAAGAGUACCGACGCCAGCUGGCAGACCACACCAAGAGAGGCUACUACCAGACCAACAACCAGAAAUACCAGGACACAGAACUUUAGACUAUGCUACCAACAGCCAUAAAAUACCAGGACACUGAAUGAAGUGUAGCACUACUACGUGCCCACCUACCUACCCUACCACACCCACCUACCUACCCUACCACACUAAACUGUAGUGCCCCUUCUCUCCUGGACCCCCGACUACCCUUAACACCCUAAAGUAACAAGACACAGGGCUGGUUGACAGAGACACCCACACACUGCUGAGCCUUGCUCUGAUUGACUCAGUUCAGCGCACACAAACGCACACUCUCAAUUCCACUGGGACUCUGCCCCCCUCCCUUGACCCUGCACCAAUACGCUGCUGACUCGGAAGCUGGCCAGUUUUAAGUUUUUCUUAAAACCGCUUUUUUGCUUCAAAAAGUGGAUAGUUACCUCACUGUCUUUGUUAUUAUUCUUGUUUAAUUUCUAUUUGCUUGUUUGGUUGAGUUAGUUUUUGUUACACCGAUCUGUGUUAUUGUUACACCAAUCUGUGUUAUUGUUACAUCGAUCUGUGUUAUUGUUACACCGAUCUGUGUUAUUGUUACAUCGAUCUGUGUUAUUGUUACACCGAUCUGUGUUACUGUUACACCGAUCUGUGUUACUGUUAUACCGAUCUGUGUUACUGUUAUACCGAUCUGUGUUACUGUUAUACCGAUCUGUGUUACUGUUACACCGAUCUGUGUUACUGUUACACCGAUCUGUGUUAUUGUUACACCGAUCUGUGUUAUUGUUACACCGAUAUGUGUUAUUGUUAUACCGAUCUGUGUUAUUGUUACACCGAUCUGUGUUACUGUUACACCGAUCUGUGUUAUUGUUAUGAUCCAUUUAAUCAGGAUGUUAUUUCUUGCCUAUGCAACUCCUUCAGUUUGCUGCCUGCAGAGCAACUGAAACCUAUUACCACGAGUCCCUCUCUGCACUCCACAAGAACCUUAAACCUUACGAGUCCUCCAAGCUGUAUCUUCUUCUCGUUACUCCUUUCCUUUUGUACUAUAUCCAACAUUAUAACCAGCUGUCUCCAAACUAUUUUAAAAGGUCACAUAUAUAUUAUUAUAUAUACAAUGUCUGGUGUUUAUACUCCUCCAUCUUUGCAUUCCUUCCUAUAUGAUCGUGUGUGUGUGUGUGUGUGUGUGUGUGUGUAUACAUACUAUAUAUAUAUAUGAGAGAGAUCGAGAGAGCGAACGAAAGAGGCAAUAUAUUAUAUAUACAAUACACUGGAAUGUAAGAUUUUUUUAAGUGCCUUUUACUUUAUGAAUAACAUAAUGAGGUUUGGGGACAUCUGACCAUGCAUGGCACCCCUGUCCCCUGGACCACACCACUCUGCUGCUCUCAAGCUUUUAGGGAAAACAGGGAACAAGAGACACCAAAACCUUAAUACUGUCCCCACUGUACCGUCCCUCCAUCCGUCCCUUUGUCCUCCACAACGAUAAUAUCCGUGACCAGUCCUGUCCCCCAGAGACAUGUUCAACAUGGGAACAGCAUUUAAUCAAAACCGCCUCCUGAGUGGCGCAGCGGUCUAAGGUACUGCAUCGCAGUGCUAGAGGCGUCACUACAGACCCGGGUUCGAUUCCAGGCUGUGUCGCAGCCUGCCGCGACUGGGAAACCCAUGAGACGGCGCACAUUGGCCUAGUGUCGUCCGGGUUAGGGGAGGGUUUGGCUGGCCGGGAUGUCCUUGUCCCAUCUUGCUCUAGCGACUCCUGGUGGCGGGCCGGGCGCAUGCAUGCUCACUUCGGGUCGCCAGUUUGUACGGCUGGCUUCCGGGUUAAGCGAGGAGUGUGUCAAGAAGCAGUGCGGUUCGGAGGUCGCAUGGCUCUCGACCUUCUCAACCUCUGUACGGGAGUUGCAGCAAUGGGACAAGACUGUAACUACUAAUUGGACAUCACGAAAUUGGGGGGGAAUGUUUUCCGAGUUUCCUGGGUAUGAUAAAAUGUAUGAGAAUAAAUUCAAUGUGCGGAAACAAAAAGAAACUGAUCAGUAAUAUAACUCAAACAUGAUCUUUCAAAAGAGGAAGGUCAUUUUUGUUUUAUUAACCACGGAAACCUGGAUAACGGUUUUGAUUGAAUAGCAACCCAGAUCAGGUGGUUUCAGAGAGGAGGUUUGAUGUAGGAGACGUGUGAUUGGUUGAUAUGUAUGUCAGUCAUUUCUGUUGUGGAGUCUGUCAUGUCGGCUGUCGUCGUCUCUGUUACACUGUUGAUGUGUUUCUACAUGUUAUUACAUGCUUGAUUGUAUCUCAGUUCACACUAUACCUCCAGUGGGUUAUAAGUGCUUAUGAUUGAACACACAGUAUUAAAGAGAGAGAAACAGAGAGAGAGAGAAACAGAUAGAGAGAGGAAUGACUGGACAAUGUCUGCUUUGGGUCUUUCAUGUAGUUUUAUCUUACAACACCAAAUAAAAGAAAGUCUUUCAUUGACCGAG